CACUGUCCCUGUAGCGGAAAAACGACGCUCAGUGUCGUUGCACCAAAUAUCCCAUUCAGUUCACCGAAUUAUCUCUCUGACUGAUAUCAGAUUCACUUUUGUCUUUUUCCCACGAUUUUAUCUUUAGCAUGUUAUUUACCCACGUGUUACAGAUCUUUAAGCUUUUGCCAGGGCGUUAAUUUUAUUGUACAAUUUUAAUGGUCAGCAUGUUCCUGCAUUGUUAGUAUCGCACUGGUUAUUUUAUUGAAUGCAUUCGAGUGCAGUGCGACGGGAAAAUUAACUGGAAAGUAAGUUUAAAUAAGAUUAAUAUUCCGCAUUGUGUGUUAGGCGCUUUAACUGAAUCAUGCGCAAAAGUAGCGUUUCAGUUACGUUUCACAUCGUUCCACUUCCCCUCAUAUGCAGAUGAUUUUUUUUGGGAUUAGAUAACUUAAUGUUUUCACGGAUGUCUUAAUUUGGUCCUUGGUUCUGCACUAUUUCUGGACAUAUCGUGAGACAUCAUUAAUAAAUCAUUAUUUUGAGUCGAAAUCCCAGUUCUACGACAGUGGAGCGAUCAGAGUAGGGUUGAAACCAUUGGUGGUCUGUUGGGAUCCGCACUUUUGUUAUAUUUGAAAGAAAUGUUUGCCGCCGGGUAUAAAUUAACACAUGAUAUUGACUUGACACUAUGUGUUACGGGUUUGUCAACACUCACGGAUGCGGGACUAACAGGGUGCCCGGGAAUUUAACUUCAAACUACUCAAAUAAUACUCCACUGUACAAAGAAAACGCCCAUGUUAUUGAUCUCUGUAUACUAAAUUCACCUUGUCUUGAUCAAGUUAAUUUAAUUCAUUUAAUGUGUACUUUGAUAAAUCGGGUCUAAAGUAGGCCUAGUUCUCUGGUUCUAUAAAGACUCCCAACCUGAGAUUUAACCGAUCUGUUUAUUGGUAUCAGGCUUUUAUCAGGCCAGGAACGUUUCAGCGGCGUGUCAUACCGAUUGCAGUCAAAGCUGUUUCUCGUUUAUCCAUCCAUCCAACUGCUUAUCCUACUGCGAAGCGGGGUGUCCGGAGCCUAUCCCGAAAGCAAUGGGCACGAGAAUGGGCAGGGAACAACCCAGGAUAGGGGGGCAGCCAAUUGCAGGGCACACUCACACACCACUCACUCCUACGAGCAAUUUAGCAACUCCAAUUGACCUCAGCAUUUGGACUGUGGGGGGAAACCGGAGUACCCGGAGGAAACCCCACGACGACAUGGGGACGAACAUGCAAACUCCACACACAUGUGACCCAGGCGGAGACUCGAACCCGGGUCCCAGAGGUGUGAGGUAACAGUGCUAACCACUGCACCACCAUGCCGCCCUGUUUCUCGUUUAUGUCCUAUGGAAAAUCUAAAAAUAAUUUAAUUUAAAUUAUAUUUAAUCAUCGAAUUCAAACAGUUAAGAAUGAAAGUACAAAAUAUACGACGUGGAAGAUUGAAGAUUACGGACUAUAAAACAAAAGGGGUUGAAAGUUUUUAUUUUUUAUGGAAUAUAACUCAUGUGAAGGCAUAUGAAAAAACAUCAAAUUUUACUUAGUAUAAUGCGUGUGAUACGUGACGUUAAAAUGGCAUCAAAUUAUAACCAACUUCAUUGUAAAUAUGUCCAUCAACAUUUUCAGACUUAUUCAUAUAAUAGUAAAUGCUGGAUUUAUAUUCUCAGCUAAAAUAGCCCAUUAAUUCGCUCCUCAGUCUUCUUAUUUUUAUAUUAACAUAUAUAUUUACAUUAGGUCUAAAACGGCAUGCCUUGUGCGUAGCUUAUUAAUCAAUGUUUGUACAAGUUUUAUCCAGUUUCCUAGUUGUCUAAAGAAGGGAGGGGGCGUGCUGCAUAGGGUGACAUCACGGUCCGGGGCUGCCCGCUUUGGACUAGCUGGGUUUGACAGGCGGAGCCACAACCCAGUCUGUAGAAACGCGAGGUGCGCUCGGAAAAUGCGUUUUAAACGGAGGAGUUUUUAAACCCAACAACCUGUCGAGUGUCUCCCUGAAAAAGGUCAACGAUGCCUUCCUGCCCGUCCAAGAGCAGACGCCAGUUUCCUGGGAACUUAAGGAUAUUCGGAUUUGGACUUGGAAAUGGGGAAAAUAAGAUGCUGAGUUAUACAUCUGAGAGAGAGGGUCCCCUCUCUUUCUGCUUUGUAUAAACCGGAGGAAAGCCACUUCCUAUGCAUGCCAAGGUGGGAAUUUAACACAAAAUGAAGUUUGGGAAAAGCGUGUGUAUUUUAAAUGUGGGUGGCACUAAAUAUGCGUUACCCAGGGAUGUGAUAAAGGACUUUCCUCUAAGGAGAGUGAGUCGUCUUCACAAUUGCGCUUCUGAGAAAGAAGUGCUUGAAGUCUGUGAUGACUACGACCGAGAGAGAAACGAGUUUUUCUUUGACAGGCACUCCGAAGCCUUCGGCUUCAUUAUGCUGUACGUGAAGUACGGAAAGCUCAGGUUUGUCCCGCAAAUGUGUGAGCUGUCCUUCUAUAACGAGAUGAUCUACUGGGGUCUGGAGAGCUCACACCUGGAGUUCUGUUGCCAGCGGCGAUUGGAUGACAGGAUGUCCGACACAUACACCUACUUCUCCGAGGAGGACACCAAAACAGAGGAGGACCCUAGGGGGAACGAUGAGCUGGAGCAACCGGCCGCCGAUCGGAGAGGAAGCGCUAAGUGGCUGGAAAGGAUGCGGAGGACUUUCGAAGAGCCCACCUCAUCUAUCGCGGCGCAGAUUCUCGCUUCUGUUUCCGUAAUUUUUGUCAUUGUGUCCAUGGUUAUCCUUUGCGCCAGCACGCUGCCGGACUGGAAAACGGCCGAGAACAACAGCGUGGAAGAGCACAGGUACACAGAGAGUUUAGAAGAUCCUUCAGGGAUCAUCGAGGCGGUCUGCAUCGGCUGGUUCACCGCCGAGUGCAUCGUGCGCUUCAUCGUGUCGAGGGACAAGUGUGAGUUCGUGCGCCGGCCGCUGAACAUCAUCGACCUGCUGGCCAUCACUCCGUACUACGUGUCGGUGCUGAUGACGGUGCUGACGGGCGAGAACUCGCAGCUGCAGCGUGCGGGCGUCACGCUGCGGGUUCUGCGCAUGAUGCGCAUCUUCUGGGUAAUCAAGCUGGCGCGCCACUUCCUGGGCCUGCAGACGCUGGGGCUGACGCUGCGGCGCUGCUACCGCGAGAUGGUCAUGCUGCUGGUGUUCAUCUGCGUGGCCAUGGCCAUCUUCGGCGCACUGGCUCAGCUGCUGGAGCAUGGCCUGGACCUGGAGGUGGGCAACGAGGACUACGCCAGCAUCCCGGCCGCCUGCUGGUGGGUUAUUAUCUCCAUGACGACGGUGGGCUAUGGAGACAUGUACCCCAUCACCAUGCCCGGGCGUGUGCUGGGUGGCCUCUGCGUGGUCAGCGGCAUCGUGCUGCUGGCGCUGCCCAUCACCUUCAUCUACCACAGCUUCGUGCAGUGCUACCAUGAGCUCAAAUUCCGCUCAGCUCGCUGCACGCGCAGUCUCUCCACCGAGUUCCUCAACUGACCCGCCUGUCCCUUCUCCGCCUCGUCAUCCUCCUACUCCUCUGACUCCCCGGAUACUUCUGGUUACUCAUUUUCUUAGAACGUUCCUUCUUUGGCCUUCUCUUAUCAUGCUUGUUUUUCUUUUCACCAGGAUUUUAUAUUUAAUUUUUUUUUAUCUGCAAUUUGAUGUUUUCUUGAUAUCUCAGCUGUGGGAUUUACUCUCUGUCACUUCCCUUUUGUUCGUGUGAAUACUCUCAGAUGAGGCUGGGCUGGGGGGGGGGGGGUAGGCUGCACAGGCAGAAGAGCAGAGUGAAGACCAUACCUCUCCCCCUCGGAGUGUGGGUAUCUGCAGAGAGAGAACCUCCGUUAAGCAUUAAGGCUGUGGAGAUUUUUCCUCUUUAAACAUUCACCAAGUUUUGAAUUUCACGCCGCUCUUCACUGUCAGUGUCAGCGUGUGCCACUGGUGAAUCAUCUCCGAGAUCACCUGACACUCCACUUCCCUUUAAUUCCCAUUAGAGUAUAAAUACAGUUCAGCCCGGCAAAGAAUCAUGCAUCUUUUGCACAAUGAACUGUAAACUGGAACAUGCCCUACGGAAGCCACUGUGAAGGAGUUACUGCGGUAACAAUUUCGAAUUCUGUAGGAGACUUAAAAAAAAAGAAAACAUGCCAUUUCCAGCAUCUGCGGAAUAACAAAUCUGGUAUAUAAAUAACAUUUUUACAUGUUGUUCGGACCCGGUGUCCUUCCCCAGGUAUCCCCUGCCAUUGCCCUAGGCUUCCUGGAAGAGGCUCUGGGCCCGUAAGUGGUUCCGGAAGAUGAGCUGAUGGAUGUGUUAUGUAAAUCACAUCUGACAUGUUGCGCCAUGAGGUUUGUUAACAGCCGUGCCACGUCUAUCAGAGUACCUAACAAGGGCAGUCGUGAAAUACGCAACAGGUUAUGCAUUGUAAAGUCUACACAUUCCAUUGGAGAAAAGCUCUUGCUAGUGGAAUUUGGUCAGGCAACAGUUUUAUGUAGUAAACAUGUUGUCUGUGAAGCAUAUUCAGGUUUAGUGGAACGGUCCUCUGACUGAGAGCUGGGAGAACAGCUCUGUGAGCUGUGUGGGCAGGUCAGUAAUGUGGAACAAAAUGCGCCACAGAGUGAAGACAUGUCAUGGAGAAAUCGGUGGUUUGGCUGAUGCCAGCACAGUGAAUGGCAGGAAUGUCUGAGAGCGCAGCAGACCUGGGACAAGCAGAAUGUGGCCAUUGAGACCUAUGGCUCCUUGCCCAUUUGCGGGAGAGACGCGGGGCGUCCUGGAGGCUGGCCUCAAUGCACAUUCCCUUCCGGCUUUGGCUGUUCCACCGCCUUCUCCUCGACACGCUGUCGCUGCUGCGUUGUUUGGCCCUGUGACACAUUCGCCGUCCUCUGUAGUCCUAAAACGAUUGGGGUGUCCCAUGCCUCGGCCGCAGUCAGGGUCUCCUGAGCCUUGACCCGAUUUCAGUAGGGCUGACAUUGAUUGCCCAUCACCUUCACUUUCAGCUUCCUUUUAAGCCCGACUCAUCUUAUUCUGACCUUCAGCGCCGCAGUAUAUCCAAGCAAGAUCGCGUUCUCCGCAAAACUGACUAACGAACUUCACCCGUACAUCUUCGGAGAAGCCAGGCUCAUCCCUCUGCCAUUUCCCUCAGCUCAGCCAAACUAAAAAAAAUAUAAAAAGCACAAGCUGGACCACAAAUCCGUAUUAAAUCCAUAAUGAGUUUUUCUAAUUUCAAAAGCUUUUAUGUUUCUGUUGAACAUUUUGGAGACUGAUUUACACUCGGUGUACUUAACAUUAUUAGUCCAUAAAUUUUUACAAAGCUGAAAGUGCAUAUUAUUCAUAAUCAAGGACACACUUGGUGAUUUUUAUCUAGUCAAUAUUCUCCACGUGGUUCCUGCUUUUAGAAGAUUCCACACAAAGAAUAAAUACGGGUUGCGAUGCUCCUGUCGAGGGGAAGCAGAUCUUAGCAGCUUCUGUUUUCAAGGUGUCGUCAGCCUUGUCUGACGGCCUGUGGCUGCAUGUCAGCGACCCACCCACAGACAUCCCAGAGGGGUUUGGUGUCCGCAAGACUAGCAGGUCCUGAAAGGUGAUAACGGUGACGUAAACGUUUGUGUCCGUCUGUUCUCACACAAUAUGUCAAUUUCCAUACUCUGGCUGCCUUUUAGAUGUACACCAUUUUUACAGCUUGUCAUUUUUGCACCACUGGAUUGUCCUUUGUGAAGGACAGUAGAAUCUUUACUUCUUUUUUACACUUUCACGAAUUUGUAAGCACUCUGUUUUAUUUUAAAUGAGAAUGUGAAAUGUGACACAAUUACGUUUUUCUGUCUUGAUUCUUCAUAUCCCAUUUUCCUCUGUCAAAUUGUUACACUGCCUCCUCUGUUCAGUGGGUUACUUUUGCUGUAUUUUAUUCAGUUGCCAGUACAAUGUAAAACCCUGGGAGCAGAGCUGCGUGUUUGUACAGAUCUGUGAAGGCUACCUAUGAUAGCCAGAAACUGUUUGUAGAAUAAAGCCACAAAACAAUGAGUAAUUAUUUUCGUUUACACCUCAAUGUCUGGUAGAUAUUGUAAAAAUUCCACAGCCCCCCCCCCCAUAAUUAUUCUGCUUCUUUAGAUUUUUAAUUAGUAAAGUGUAUUAAUUUGUUGUAAACUGUCACUGCAAUUUAUGCAGA